GGCAACCCUACCUACCUUCUCUCUGAUGGAAUUCUUCGACAUGAAUGUACCAUAUUACGAGUCCGAUAGAAAUAUCUCCGACAAAGACAAGGCUUCAAGAAAAGCUACGCGAUUGAAGCUCCUUGUUAAAGCAAUCGAGCUCGGUUAUGGCGGAUUAGCGUACAAUCGUGUUUUGAAGGGCGUGAUGUCGGAUUUGGAUCGCUGUUCAAUCCCUCUAUUCCCUUUCUCAUCCCUCACUAAGAUCUCUCCUUCAAUUUCCUCCUCCGUUAAACUCCAUCGCCAAGUCCUCGGCCUUCCCUUGUCCGCUCCCUUCCGUCAGUUCACUCGAUUGACGGUCAUUGUGGAAAGUUCAAGUCAAGCUCUUUCUCUCAACUCCGGCAAUCCAAUUUUAAAAAGCUAUGAUAUUGUCGCUGUUCGCCCCAUGAAUCAAAGUGCUUUCGAGCAAGCAUGUCAGACAUCUGAGGUGGACAUGAUUUCGAUUCAUUUUUCAGAUAAGAUGCCGUUUAGAUUGAAACAUCCCAUGGUCAAAGCUGCAAUUCAGCGUGGUGUUUAUUUUGAAAUAACUUAUUCAGGCCUCAUUACGGAUGCUCAGACAAGGAGACAACUGAUAUCUAAUGCUAAGCUAUUGGUGGAUUGGACUAGAGGAAAGAAUCUGAUUAUAUCGAGCGCUGCUCCUUCUGUUAGUGAAAUGAGAGGGCCAUAUGAUAUUGCAAAUUUAACGUCGUUGCUUGGACUUCCUAUGGAACGAGCCAAAGCAGCUCUUUCCAAAAAUUGUAGAGCUCUUUUAACUCAUGCUGUAAGGAGGAAGCAUUAUUACAAAGAAGCCGUCAGAGUUGAAUUAAUUCCAUCAACAGGGAAUUCUGAUGAAACAAAGGAAAAACUGCUCAAUGAUUGGUUGCUGAAUUGGGAUCCUAUCUCCAGUGGCGACGGUGAUUUGCUACUAGAUGAAAUGAAAAACUCUGUUUCCGCUUCCAAUUUGGUAUCUAAAACUGUGAAGGCGAUUGAUUUUGCUUCAGUUAUGAAUAGUAUUGCGUCUGCGGCAGAAGAGGCAGUAAAACACCCGUAUACAGUUAGUGAAGAAACUAACCGAGAUGGUCUCAACUCAAAACCUAUAGAUUGUGCUAACCAUUUGACUGAUGUAGAAAAUACUAAUGUUUUGGAAGAUACUAAGAUCCCAGAUGCAAGCUUAGUUUUGGAAGAUGAUAAAAUGGAAGAAGACUUGAUUUUGACUGUUAGUUCCGGACCUUCUAUUCUAGAGUCUUCUGAUUAUCAUACACUCAAGAAACAUGUGAAUGUGGAGGGCGAGGAGCAAGGGAUGGAAACAACAGAAUUCAAGGGCGAGGAGCAAGGGAUGGAAACAACAGAAUCCAAGGGCGAGGAACAAAGGAUGGAAAUAACAGAAUCCAAGGGCGAGGAACAAGGGAUGGAAAUAACAGAAUCCAAGGGCAAGGAACAAGGGAUGGAAAUAACAGAAUCCAAGGGCGAGGAACAAGGGAUGGAAAUAACAGAAUCCAAGGAAAUGGAUAUGGUGGUGAUGGGAGAACUAACAUACGAUAAAGAUGAUGAUUUAGUCAACACGGAUCUAGCUACACAGGAGCAAAAGAAAAUUGAAAAUCAGGCUGAAACCAGUUGUACAGUAACGUUUGACAAAUUUCCAGGGAAGAUUAUAUUAAAGCCAAGGAAACGUCAUAGGGGAUUCUUGUUUCCUUUGAGACGACUACUCACACCUAUAAAUUUCAAGCGGAAGGCUAAGAAGUCAAAAGCAGUUAUACAAUUGAUGUAAGAAAGAAGCGGUACAUUUUUUUUAUCGAGUUUAUUCCUUGGGUGGGUAGUUUCUGAGCGUUAUUAGGGAGAAUCGAAUAUGAUCUG